AUGGCCGAGAUCAGUCAUAACACAGCCGUCAACGGCAAUCUGAUACCAAAAGGCACGCAUGAUGACACAAAACCAACACUCCUCCUGGUCCUCUCCAGCGUCCGAGGCAGCGACAACACACCAGAAUGGCAACGCACACUCUCCAAAUUCAACAUCCUGUACUACGACUGCAAGACCGUCGACGAGUUCUGCUCGCGUCUGCAGCCCGGCGGCCCGUACGCCAAUAUCAACGCCAUAGUGCGCACAGGCUGGCUCAAAGCCGGUGACUUUGCACACCACUUGAUGUUCCGCGGCCGACCCAUCGAGCUCUAUCCGCCCUCGCUGCAGUUCGUCGGGUGCAGCGGCCACGGGUACGACGCCGCGGACAUAGAGGCCAUUUCGCAGAGGGGCAUUGCGUAUGCGAAUACGCCCGAUACGUGCACCGAGGCCGUGGCGAAUACGGCGCUGCAUCUGGUGCUGAAUGUGUAUAGGUAUUUCACACUCGCGGAGCACUACACGCGGAGCGAUCGCUGGCUGGACAGCAGAGAGAUCGGACCGGUUGCUGUCGAUCCCUGUGGUCAGGUAUUGGGGAUUGUCGGACUGGGUGAUAUUGGGAUGGCUAUUGCUCGGAAGGCGGCGUACGCAUUGGAUAUGAAGAUCCAUUAUCACAAUCGCAAGCCGAGGCCCGUCCUUGAGGCGAAGUUGCCGAAUGGAGCGACAUAUCAUGACUCGGUCGAGUCACUCGUCAGAGCAGCGGACUGCAUAUGCCUGGCAUGUCCGCUGACGGAGGAGACGAGACACAUGAUCUCAGCGCCGCUGCUGGCUCAGAUCAAAGACAAGAAGAUCAGGAUCGUCAAUAUAGCGCGGGGCGGCCUGAUCGACGAGGAUGCACUGCUGGAAGCGAUGUAUGCCGGGCAGGUGGUCGGGCUCGGGCUAGAUGUGCAUGCGAACGAACCAGGCAUCAACCCGGGGCUCAGGGACAACUACAGGACGACGGUGCUCCCACAUAUUGGUGUCGCUUCGCAAACCACUUGGUCGAAGUUCGAUGAGGUGAAUUUGAAUAACUUGGAGGAGUUUUUCUUCGGGGAUAAGGGUAAAGUGACGUUGGUUAACCGAGCCUCUAUCCCUGCGUGA